CACAAGUUUGCACGGUUUUACUACAACAUAAUAUAAUAUUAUAUAGUGUGUACAGCGAAACCGUCGUGCAGCGUGUGUAUACGUAUUGGGAGUUCCAUUGUGAGUAGAGUGCGCGGCCGUGCUUUGCCCUGUACACGCUGUAGUAUACGUUUAUGUGUGUUACCCCUCGCCGCCGCCGCCGCCGCCGCCGCCGUUACGACCACUGCCGUCGUCAAAUCGUCGCAACAGUGAACGCUGUCCGGCCGUUUCUCGAGCCGCAGAACAACAUCUAACAAAAUAGGUUGGUCAGAUUUUAGGCGAGGCAGCAGUCUGCCGUCGGCGCCGUCCACCACCGGCACCAUGUUCUCCAAACUGAAAUCGGGCACGUCGUCGGUUGGUCAGGGCGCCCAAGUAUUGGCUACUAACAACAUCUUAAACUUGUUCGAAGUCGGCAAACUGGUGUGCUCAGCGGGACCGGAACUCAUAUGGAAAGUUUACGAAGGAUUCCGAAAACCGGACGGCAAGGAAGUUUCAAUAUUUGUUUUCGAAAAAAAGCUAGCGGACAAAUUGCACAAGCCUAGGCGAAAAGAAACUGUGACAGAGAUUUUGAAAAAGAGCGUCCAUUAUUUGGAGAUGCUCAGACAGCCGAAGCUCAUUCUAAAAGUAGUGCAUUCGGUAGAAGAUUGCAACGAAACGCUGGCCUUUGCUGCAGAACCCGUGAUAGCCAGUCUAGCAAACAUCUUGGCUUACCAAGCAUCGGUCGGUGGUCGAUCGGGUAGCGGACCUCCAUCGACGGGAGCGUCUCACACGACGUCAGCUCUACCUCGGCCGGCGCACGCACGAGAGUAUAACUUCUUAGAUUUCGAAAUCAAAUACGGAAUCAGACAGAUAGCCGAAGCUCUGGAUUUUCUAUCACCCCAAGUUCACCACCACAAUGUGUGUCCCAGUAGUAUACUGGUCACGAAAACCGGCACGUGGAAACUCAGCGGUUUGGAAUUCAUCGUUCAAACUGAAGCAAGAGAAAGAAUUACCUGCACGCCGUGGACGUCAAGAUUGCCAAAAAUGGCACAGCCUGAUUUAGAUUACAUAGCUCCUGAAGUCCAGCUGUCUUCCUACUGUAGUUCCCACAGCGAUAUGUUUUCAUUAGGAAUGGUAAUAUUUGCUAUAUUCAACAAUGGCCGACCACUGAUACAAGCCAAUCACAGCAGCUCGACGUACAUGAAACAACUGGACGUGCUGGAAAAUCAAAUACACAACGUACUUCCAAAAGUUCCUGCACAAUUACAAGAAAUGGCAUCGAAGAUGCUCAGUAAAGAUGUUGACGCGAGACCGGCAGUAAAAAAUUUACUGCAUACGCCUUAUUUCUGUGACAGAUUUGUGGAAACUAUACAAACGUUGGAUAUAAUCAACAUGAAAGACCUUACGCAAAAAUGUCAGUUCUACAAGAUAACAUUGAAAGAAUCGUUGCCAUUCAUUCCAAAGAAAAUUUGGUACCAAAGAGUUUGGCCAUUUUUGCAACACGAAAUGGUGAAAUCUGAUGUGUCCGCUGCCGUCUUGCAUCCUGUCAUAUUUUUGAUACAAGAAUCUUCUCUAGAAGAUUACGAAACGCUAAUGUUACCUGCCAUGAGUAAAAUAUUCAACGGGCCAAAACACGUUCCUGUACAAGUGAUACUACUAGAAAACUUGCACGUUAUAUUAGAGAAAACACCAAGAGAUGAUAUCAGAAAAGAAGUGUUGCCAUUGUUAUAUACAGCUUUUGACUUUUCAGACAUCGAAGUACAGAGUGCCGCCGUGUUAGCCGUAACAAACGUUUCCCAGUACAUGGACGACACGGCUAUCAGAAGAAUGGUGUUGCCCAAACUCAAAAUGGUGUACGAAACCAACCCUAACGAUUUGAAAAUAGUGUUGAACAUACUGGCGUGUCUGGAAAUCAUAUUGCACAGACUCGAAAAGCAACAAAUCGUCGAAGAGGUUUUGCCGCUUAUUUGGAUUAUUAAUCAGACCGACCCAGAAGUAAUAGCCAGAAUAGCGAUUAUAUACAGCAUGAUCCUGCGGGAUAAAAAAUACGGCUUGUCGGUUAAUUUAAUAGCGACGAAAAUCAUGCCUACUCUUAUACCGCAUACGAUGAACCCCGGAUUGAAUCUAGAACAGUUCCAGACCCUAAUCGAACUCUUGCAAGACAUGCUGGACCAUAUUGACAGGAACCAGAGAAAUAAACUGAAACUCGACACUAUAUCAAUGCAGAGUCCCGACAGACACCGUCCUUUGAGACAUUUAUACAGCUCUGACAACAUGCACGCGCAAAACUUCAACAUACCAAACUUAAAAAUUGAACAACGAAAAACGUCUAGCGCCGAAGAUAUGGUUCGCAAAAAUUCGGCUGGAAGUUGGUGGUUUGGUGGAUCUCCGUCGGGUUCGGACAGCAAUUUCUUGCGAGUAGUCAGCUCGUUCCCGAACCGUCGUUUGUCCGACAACAUGCUUAACACUCCCAAAAUCCGAAUCGCCCCCUCGUGUGCUUCUUCGCCGGGUAGUACACCCGUGGGCACCGGACUUCCCAUCCGAAGACAUUCGAACGUGGAGCGUCGCGGGUCCACCAUAAACCUGUCGCCGCCUUCGGGCUAUCAAUACUUCAGAUCGGUUAACCGCGAUGGGUCCACAAUGUCGGUACCAUCAUCGACGUAUCUUGCACGGAGCAUGAUUGGAGGAAGCAUGCCGAACACUAGCAGCAGCGUACCGUAUCUGCUCAGUUCCAGUAUGAACAGCAUUCGGUCGAGGAGGCAGAGCACGUGCUCGCAAGGCUCAGGCACAGGCAUUUUGCAGCAGUUGGGCUCCGGCGUGGCCAAACAACUGGCCACGUUACAAAAUCCUUAUCAGCUGUUUAGCGGUAACAAGUGAAGACGAUAGAAAACCAACACAUCAUCACUUUCACAGUCGUUCGACAGUGUCUAUUUCGACCCAGUCAAUUAUAUCGAGUAACGACAUGUCAGUACAUCUCAAUACACAGGCUGUCGACUACAAUAGCAUGUGUGAUGCAGAAAACUAAAAUAGGGGCCUAAUGUCGGUCAAUUUGAUUCCAACGGACAAGUUUUUUUUAGCUCCAAUCCGGGUCUCAAAUUGUUAAAAUAUCAAGUACCAAGAUUCAAAAAAUAGCACUAACUCAAUUUUGUAAAAUUCCGAUAAGAGGUCCCUUAUUACAAUAACUAUUAUUAUUAAUUAUAAAUUAUAUCACUAUUGCUAACGGUGGAACACAAAUGAGUGUGUACACCGACGAUCUCGAUUUGCGUUGUGUGUCAAAUUUGUUUUUUUUUCUAAUGUAAUAAUAGGUAUAUAAUAAUAAUAAUAAUAUUAUAAAAUACUUUUAUCCAAACGAACCCUUUUUUAAAAAAAAAAAAAAUCAAUAUAGUAACUUACAUAUCUAUAAAAUACAAUUACAAUUA